AUGUCAAUUAAAUCGUUUUUUCGACGACGAAAUUCUGAUCCAGGGUUAACUGAUAUUUCCAAUUUUGAUGCUGCCAACGAAGGCCGCCAUUGUGGCGGAGAUUUCUUGGACGUGAUGAAGAAGGCAUGCAAAGCGGCGUACCCGAAUUCGAGGGUUAGGGUUGAGAAGGUGGAGCAAGGGAGCCUGGAUAGUAAGGGUGCUGUUAUUUUGCUCAGGUGUAAGGAGUUGGGGGUUGAUUUACUUGUUAUUGGCCAACGUCGUCGUUCUUUAUCUGGUCUCUUAGGGUCUAAAAGAUCUUUAAGUACUGGAUCAACAACACGAGCAGUGUCAAAAUCAGUAGACACGGCUGAAUAUUUGAUAGAAAAUAGCCCGUGCAGUUGUGUGGCAGUGCAAAGAAAGGGCCAAAAUUCUGGCUAUAUUCUUAACUCCAAAACUCAUAGAAAUUUCUGGCUUUUGGUUUGA